CUCCUGGAUCUUGUUUGUUGUUUUACUUAUCACUUCCUUUCCUUUCACUCGACAUUGACGACAUGCCUCCUCGAGCAGCACCAGGACAGACCCGUGGAGGCGGUGGCGGCGGCGGCAGAGGUGGUCGUGGCGGUGGUCGCGGCGGCCCUCGCGGUGGACCACCUCCUCGCGGCGGCCCAGCUGGGGGAGGGGCAACCUUUGCUCCCACUGGUCCCGCCGCUCUGCCUGGAAGCCAUGUUCAGGCCGUGGGGGUAAAACGACCUGGAUAUGGAACGGCAGGCAGAGCAGUCACCGUUUAUUCGAAUUUUUUCAAGAUUAGUCUCCCGGAGAGUGUCAUCCACCACUACGACGUGAUCUCGCCUGAUGAGAAGGUACUGCCAGCGCGCUUAAAUAUGGACUUGAUCCACCACCUUCAAACCAUCGACGCCGUCGAUGUGUUUACUCCUCGUGCAGUUUACGAUGGGCGAAAGAACCUCUUCGCUCCCAGGGAACUGCCAUUUGGUCCGCAGAACAGCCAAGAGUUCGAUGUUUGUCUUUCUGAUGAUCCUAAUCGCGGAAGUCCUGGGGAGAACACGGGAGGCCGUGGUCCUAAGGUUUACAAAAUCAGGCUGACUAAAGUCGCGCAAAUAAACCCGGAAGUGUUACAACGCUUCAUCCAAGGACAGCAAUCGCACGACAACAGUGUAUUGACGGCCUUGACAGCAUUGAAUGUUGUCGUCCGCAUGGAACCGACAAUGAAGUACCCCUUCAAUGUUCGGUCUUUCUUCACCGAUCGGGAGACUAAGGACAUCGGCUCGGGCCUUGUAUUAUGGCGUGGAUACUUCCAGUCAGUGAGGCCCGCAAUCGGACAACUCCUCGUCAACGUUGAUAUCUCGACUGGAACGAUGUACAAGUCUGGAGCGUUGAUGGAUAUAUGUCUCGAGUUCCUAGGCAGACCUGGACAGCCCGCGUUGCUUAGCCCGCGAAGUGGCUUUCCCGAUCGCGAGCGAAUCCGUUUGCAACGGUUUAUCUCUGGCAUUAGGGUCAAAACGACAUAUGCCGGUGAAAACAAGACCCCUCGUGUCGUCAAGAAGUUAAGCGGCGCAGGGGCCGCAGAUUUAAGUUUCACCUUGCGGGAUGGGACGAGCAGAACAGUGGCUCAAUAUUUCCAGACCAUCCUUAACCGCCCCUUGAGGUUCCCCAACAACCUUUGCAUUGAGGUUGGUAGCGGUGCCUUGAUCCCUCUGGAACUAUGCACGGUUCCACCUGGUCAAAUAAUGCGGAAGCAGGUCCCCCCGGAGAAAACGAAAGAUGUCUUGGAAUUCGCCACAAAGCGACCUGAGCACCGUCUUGCCAGUAUCACGGCCGGUCUCUCGGUGCUUCAAUACGGCCAGUCGGAGUACGUACGCCAGUUUGGGAUGCACGUCGAAGAUACCACGGGACCGCUUACCGUAACCGCCCGCGUUUUGCAACCCCCCAAAUUGAAGUAUGGCCCAGGCAGCGCACAGCCGACCAUCACACCAAAUAACGGCGCUUGGAAUAUGAUCGACAAGAAGUUCUUCAAACCUGCGGCUAUCGACAGGUGGAUCGUGGUAGUCUAUGAGAGACAACAGCGUUUCAACCCUCAGGCUGCGCAAGACAUGAUUGACGGGAUGCUUAGGAGCUUCAAAGACGUCGGCAUCCGAAUCACCGACGACAAGCCGAUGGUUACGUGGCAAAACGGUCAAGGCCGGAUUGCGGACCAACUGCGUGCUGCUGGCACCGAGUGUUUCGCGAGGACAAAGCAGCGCCCGCAGCUCAUUGUGGUAGUUCUACCUGAGAACGGCAAUGACAUCUAUACCGCAGUUAAACACUUUGGAGACAUCAUAGUCGGUGUCGCAACACAAUGCCUUAAGAGCCAGAAAUGCUUCCGUGCUAAACCGCAAUAUUAUGCGAACGUCUGCUUGAAGGUGAAUGUCAAGCUGGGUGGUAUCAACACUAUCCCCGAUCCCCAGUCGGUUUCAGUUCUUACUGACCCUCGUAACCCUACCAUCGUAAUGGGUGCCGACGUCAUCCAUCCUGCACCUGGUUCUGACGGCCGUCCUUCAUUCACGGCACUCGUUGGCAAUGUGGAUUCGGAUACCGCCAAAUACAUCGCCACAAGUCGCGUUCAAGCUUCACGCGUUGAAAUCAUUGAGGACCUUCAGGACAUGACAAAGCACGUUCUGAGUAUGUACAUGAAGUAUCGCCAGUUUGCGGAGAAGAAGACAGGCAACCUUGCCCCUGCGCGUCUCAUAUUUUACAGAGACGGUGUCUCUGAAGGUCAAUUCAAGCAAGUUCUCGACAACGAACUCAAGUCGAUCAAAGAUGCUUGUGCUGAAUUGAAGAUCAACCCGAAGAUCACGAUCAUCGUGGUCGCGAAGCGCCACCAUGUUCGCUUCUUCCCCAGUGGCUCAGGACCCAGUGAACAAGAUAAGAGUGGAAACUGCCUCGCAGGCACUGUGGUUGACCAGGUCGUUGCUCAUCCAACGGAGUUCGACUGGUAUUUGCAGAGCCAUGGAGGUCUCCUCGGCACGAGUCGCCCCGCGCACUACAAUGUUCUCUACGACGAGAAUGCAUUCAGCGCCGACGGUCUUCAAUCUCUCUCGUUCGCUCUGUGCCAUGUGUAUGCACGGUCAACUCGAUCUGUUUCAAUACCCGCGCCUGUAUACUAUGCCGAUAUCGUCUGCUCCCGUGCCAAGAACCACUACGACCCUCAGGGCAACGUUGAUUUCUCCGACUCUGCAACCCAGCUCGACUCAGCCACGGCUGAGGGCACCCUGGAGGCUUACAAACGUGGAUUCAAGCCUUUGCAUAACAACAUGUCAAGCUUGAUGUACUUUUCUUGAACGUUGCCACCUUGCCUGCAUGAUGCCCCCCCAAAGCAAGAGACUGUUAUUUCGUACUUUUCUUUCCGCCCGCACGAUUGUUCCUUUUUUUCUCCGACUUGUAAUGCUUCUUGCCGUGUAUGACCCCAAUCGCAACUCUGUAAAAAAAACUACAUACAUUAAUGCACGAAUACAAUUGAUACCUGCAUCACUUCA